GAGAUCGCCAUUCCGUUCGGUAUUACCAUAGACUUCGAUAGCCUUAGCGCCCCCUUCACGGCCACACUUAGGGAAAGGGAUUCCAUGGAACAGAUCAGAGCACCGUUGGAAGAGUUGGCGCUUAUUGUAAGCGAUUUGACGAAAGGCAAGAGGAGUUGGAGUGACGUUAAGAACAGUUACCCACUCUUUGAACAGCAGGAGACCAGCGCUAAGAAUUGACCCCAACUUUCACUGCAAACCCAUUCAAUAAAUUCAAGUUUUAAUUAUAUUAUCGAUUGUUUAGUAAUUUAUUUAUAAUAAAUGGCUUUCGACUGAAACUCGAUUCUAAAUAGCGG